CAGUCCCCAUCCCUCUAUAAAAGCGCGCGGUCGCUCCCGGGCGUGCCAAAUGGACUGUCACAUGCGAUUUGGAGUAACAAGUGGAUUUGACUUUGAAGGUUUUCUCAUCUGCGCGCGUCGGAAGCUUGAAUCAGGGCAUCCACACAAGUAAAAGAUGGACUCGGAUACAAGUCGUGUGUCAAGCAGACCGUCCUCUCCAGAGGUGGAUGACAUCUUUAUUUCCACCCUGAAGAAGUCCGUGCAUGGCUUUUCUGGCGCGGUGUCUUCCACACAGAGCGACUCUCCGUCGGAGAUGCCCGGCCUGCGCGGCCUCUCCAGCGCUGACGAAGAGCUGGCCCUCCGGAUGGCGGCAAAGAAAGACCGAAAACUCCUGUCAGAGAGCGAGCUCCAGUCCAUCCGCCUCAAGAUCAACAGCCGCGAGAGGAAAAGGAUGCACGAUCUGAACGUGGCCAUGGACGGGCUGCGCGAGGUGAUGCCAUAUGCGCACGGACCGUCCGUGCGCAAACUCUCCAAAAUUGCCACUCUGCUGCUGGCGAGAAACUACAUCCUGAUGCUGAGCAACUCGCUGGAGGAGAUGAAGCGGCUGGUGAGCGAAAUCUACGGCAGCAGCGGGCAUCACGGGGGCUUCCACCCGUCCGCGUGCGGGACAAUGACGCACGCGGGGCCGGCGCACCCGGCCGCUUCCCACGCAUCUCACCCAGCCGUGCACCACCCGCUCCUCCCGCCGGUUUCCACCACGUCCCUGUCCGCCCCCGGAAUCUCCGCCGUCACGUCAGUCAGACCCCAUCACGGACUUCUCAAAGCGCCCACAGCCGCUCCGGGGCCUCUGGGCAGCAGCUUCCAGCACUGGGGGGUCGGCACGGGGAUGCCCUGUCCGUGCAGCAUGUGCCAAGUGCCCCCUCCGCAUGUGUCCAGCAUGAGCAGUGUCGCCAUGCCGAGGCUGGCCAGCGACUCCAAAUGACUGAACACUUUCAUGGAACUUUGCUGGGGAUUUAUCGAACUGUCCCUCAUCUAAAUACUUUAAUUUAUCCUUCUUCCCAUCUGAACCUUUUAGAGCAAGUGACAACAUCGCAUCUCGCAGGGACUCUCAAAUUCUAAAACAUAAUUAAGGUGUUUUAUGAUGAUUAACCUUCAUUGUAACGGACGUUUCUUUACAGAUCUCAGAAUUUUUUUUAAUAGCUCACAAAUUUGCUCCUUAGGCCUGUUUUUCUGGAAAUGUUCACCGCUCUUUUGUGGACAAAAUUGGUUGCAAAAUGUGUGUAAAUAUGUAGAUUUAUCAUUCAGUUCAAAUAGAUGUUAUAUAUUGUCGUGUUCAGGUGUGAAAGGACCCCUGCAUUUCUUCCAUGUAGCACGCUUUAGUCAUUCCGGUUUUUUAAAUGUUUUUUUUUUUAAAUAUUGCCUUUCUCA